UCCUGUACCGUCCCAUCCCCUGCCUCGUGCCUCGUGCCCCCCAUCAGCCCCUGCCUGUCUUUCUCCACACACGCCGACCGGGUGGCUGGACGCUUGCUAUGCCCGUGAAGACACAGUCUCUCACCAACACAGGAACUUGCCACCGGCAGUGAAGACCUUCAGCAUCAUCACACCCAACCUCGCUUCGCCGUCGCUUCACGCAAAUAUUCCGGAAACCAGAGACAAAAGACCUCCUGAGACCGAACCAUCCACGUCCACACCUCUUCCACUUCGGCGCGGUGGUAUCAUGACUGAAAGUGACCGAGAGCUGUCGGCCAUGGUGCAGGAGAUAUGGGACAACGACGUCAACAGACUCCAGCCUGGGAAGGACUACAGGAUCUCCCUGCAGGGCAAAGCUGGAGACAGCAUGGGCAUCAACGACAACAACGAUGGAGCAGGGUAUCCUUUGUUCACGUUUGUUGAUGAGAACAUUUUCAAGAAGGAGACUUUUUUAGCCUUUAUCUCACUAUUGGACAACUAUGAGAGUGACACUGGUAAACCAGAGAUUGUGACCCCAGAGGAAGUGGCAGAGAACCACAAGUUCCUCGAUCUCAUCAUUCAGACUCCUACUAUGAAGAUAGCGCAUAAAUACCUGGUAGAGAAGCACCUCUCUCCUGAGGACGAGACUCAAUUCAAGGAGCAGCUGUACAGGAUCUGGUUUGAGCUUUAUGCGAGGAGAGGAUCCAGCAGGCCGGACUCGUCGGGAUUCGAACAUGUUUUCGUUGGGGAGACGAGAGGAGGGCGAACCGUCAUUGGCUUUCACAACUGGAUCCAGCUCUACUUACAGGAGAAGCUGGGACACGUCGACUACAAAGGCUACAGCGUCAGCGAGAAGUCUCCCCAGCCUGAUGAAAACAAACACAUCCUGGCGCUGCAGUUCAGCUGGAAGGACGGCAUUAAGCCCAAAGGCAGCAUCUUCAUCGGAGUCAGUCCCGAGUUUGAGUUCGCUCUCUACACGCUCUGUUUCCUGGUCUCCCCCAACGAACGCGUCAAAGUCCAGUUCAGUUUGUAUGACGUGGACAUCGUGUGCCACCACUACAACCAGAAGCACAUAGGCACCACUUACCCUGUGCUCCUUAGGUACCGGACCUCUGCGUAACCUGCUUCAGCUUGUCUUUUUACUCUACAUGAAGAUACAAUAAAACCUUACAACAUC